AUGGAAACAUCCCGAAAUAGUUUUACAUCUGGAUCAAUCUCUAUGAAUGAUAUUGUUGAUCUUCUUCGUAGUUCUAUACAACAGCAAUACAAUGCCAAACAAGUUGACAUAACAAAUCAAACUAUUGAAAAAAAUGUUCGAACUUUAUUUGAACAAGAUUAUGUGUGUCAAUACAUAUCUAAUGCAAAUGGUGAAUUGUCAUUAGCUUAUCCACAUCAAAUAAUCAUGCCUAUCAUUGACAAAUGGUCCGAAGUACAAACGCCAAAAAUUACCCCAUCAAUCAAUAUUCGAGACCGUUGUGCUCAAUCACGUUUUGCUCGAUGUCGAUCUCGUCUUGUUGUUCCUACCUUAUUCAUCAAUGGAAAGUACAUUUGUCGAUCGGCAACUCUUUCCUCCUGGGGUGAAAUAUAUCCCCGAAUGAGUAUAGAUCUUUUAGUAGAUGCUGGUAAUAGAAGUUUCGCUCAACCAAUGGCCGAUAUUGACAAUACUUUCAAUGACAUCGAACAACCUCAACAACGAACUAUUUUCGAUAAACUUCGUGGUGCUGAUAUCGAUCUAUUGAAUAUUUUCGAUAUCGGUUCAAUAGUAAACUUGAUGGUACAAGAGAAAAAUAUUCUAUUCGGUAUGAAAAUAACAGCAUCGGAAAAAUUGGAUAAACAUGAUCGAUAUAGAACAUUUCAAAUGAUAUUACUUCCAUAUCCCGGAUGUGAACACUUUCGAGAAGUAGCCGUACAGAAACAUAAUGUUGAAUUUAUGUUUUACGAUUGGUCUCUAUCGAAAAAUGAUGCCAUAAUUGAAGUACCUAUUUAUCUUUCUUCACGUGUAGAUACAGAUUGGUUGUUUUGGCGAUCAUGGAACACGAUUCAUUUGACGCAAAACUAUUUGCAAGUACUUCUUCGUCAUCUUGAAACAGAUAAACGUGGUAUGCUUAUUCAUUGUCUUUCAGGAUGGGAUAGAACACCAUUAUUUAUAUCUUUACUUCGUUUAUCAUUAUGGGCUGAUGGUUUUAUUCAUCAAUCACUAACAGUCGAAGAAAUACUCUAUUUAACACUUGCUUACGAUUGGUAUUUAUUUGGACAUAAUCUACCAGAACGUUUAUCCCAUGGUGAAGAAAUUCUCUAUUUUACUUUUAUGAUUCUUCCAUAUUUAGUUGAUGAUAAAUUUGUUUUUCAAUCAUCGAAUACUACCCAUCAACAUGAGAAUAUUGUAGAUGAUUCAUUCAUCAAUGUUCAUCGAAAUUCACAUGGAUCGAAUUCAAUUGGUUUUGAAGAAAAUAAGAAAGCAAUUCGCAAAGAGAAACUACUUGCUGUUUUUCAUCUAUUUCAUACAUGUUAUCGAACUGUCAUACCGAAAAAUUCAAAUGCAUUGAAUAAUCGUCCACAAUUAGUACCAAAAAUGGCUCGUGUGAUCAAAGACUUUAUUUUACCAAGGCGAUCAUAA